AUGGUCCGCAUCGCCAAGGCCCUGGGUUUGGUUAUCCUGUGCGUCGCCGUGCUCAUACUGUCACUCAUCAGCUACGUCUCCCUGAGAAAAGACAGCCUCUUCACCUCCUCCAAAUAUUACAUGGGAGGCCCGCGGAUUAUGUUUCACGCAGGAUUUCGGUCUCAGUUUGCCAUGAAUUUUCUGGACCCAUCCUUCAUCCCCUUAACCAACGCCCUGAACGAAGAGCUUCAAGGAAAACCGUCCAAAUGGAAGUUCAACAAGACUGCUUUUUACCAGCAGAGAAAAGAUAUCUUCAGCUACAUCGACAUUCCCAACAACUUCUCCCUGACAAAGAACAGUGUGCGUGUUGGCCAGCUGAUGCACUUUGACUACUCCAGCCACAAGUAUGUCUUUUCCAUCAGCAACAACUUCAAAUCCCUGCUCCCAGACACCUCUCCUAUCCUCAACAAGCACUACAGUAUGUGUGCUGUGGUGGGAAACAGCGGCAUCCUGACAGGCAGUCACUGCGGCCCAGAAAUCGACCAGGCCGACUUUGUCUUCCGCUGCAACUUCGCGCCCACGGAGGUCUACUCCAAGGACGUGGGCAGGAAGACCAACCUGACCACCUUUAACCCUAGCAUCCUGGAGAGGUACUACAAUAACCUGCUGACCAUUCAGGACAGGAAUAACUUCUUCCUCAACCUGAAGAAGCUGGAGGGAGCCAUCCUGUGGAUCCCUGCCUUCUUCCUCCAUACCUCAGCCACAGUGACCAGGACCCUGGUGGACUUCUUUGUGGAGCACAAGGGCCAACUGAAGGUUGAACUGGCUUGGCCAGGAAACAUCAUGCACGAUGUCAACAAAUACUGGAAGACUAAAAACCUGUCUCCCAAACGUCUCAGCACUGGAAUCCUCAUGUACACGCUGGCCUACGCCAUGUGCGACGAGAUCCAUCUGUAUGGCUUCUGGCCCUUCGGCUGGGACCCCAACACAGGCAAAGAGCUGCCUUACCACUACUACGACAAGAAAGGGACCAAAUUCACCACCAAGUGGCAGGAGACCCACCAGCUGCCCAGCGAGUUCAAGCUGCUUUACAAGCUGCACAGGGAAGGCGUGACCAAACUCAGCCUGACGCACUGCGCGGCUUAGACAUACAAUGAGAGUUGGAUGGUUUAAAUGUUGACUCCGUAGGCCGUGACCCAGAUACAUCAGCUCAGUUAAAACUUAUGUUGUGACCCACAAUGCAUGAUAAGUGUUUAGGCAAUUUAUGACACCCUAAUUCUAGAAACACACACUCACAUCACGCUGUAACUUCAAAUGAAGAUGUCAGACUCACUCCGGAUGUAAAUCACAGACUCAUUCGGUAUAUUGUUGUGUUCAGUGCGGUUAGGAUUUUUACGCUGCUCAGUUGCUUCCAUUACUCUCCUUUGCAUGGCUGCUAGCUGUUGCUAAACAGCUCAAACAGAACAAACGGCUAUUUUAACUGGAAUCUGCAGGGGAUUUCAGCUGUGGUAGCAGAAAUAGUCAAAUUCUCUGUUCUGUUUAUUACACUAUUGAUUAAUUAAUCGCCUUUUACAAUAGUAUCUCGAUUCUGUACACUGAAAUCACUGCCUAAUCUCAGGGAAGGAGUUAGAUCAGUGUUUUUUUGUAAUCAGAUUCAAUGCCUCAAGAGAGGUGCAGUUCCUGGUUUCAGGACCCCCCCCCCCCAUGAGGUGUCAGACAAUCUGCACUGCUCUGGAAGAUGGUACUUGUUUACAAGACUGUACUCUAUACAUACAGUAUACUUCAAAUUUUGUCGAGAUCCUUCACAUUUUUGGAAUAAUAAUCAACAUUCCAACAAGAAGCCAUAAAAUUCAUGGACAGAAAGUAUGUUGUCAUUACAAUACAGAAAUAAAGAAAGUGGUAUCGGCCUACAUUAGGUUCUGAGACUAUAAGACAUUUGAAAUAUCUUCCAAU